GAGCACAGCGCAUAAACGCGUCAAAGAUUAAAGCCUUAUCGGAAUUGUGGCGGAAAUGUUAAGAAACUCAGUGCAAUUCUGAUUAGUUGUUUGUUCAUCCUCACUGCGUCGACGUAUCACGCUCUAUGUGACACCCGACACGCUCAGUGGGACAUAACCCUAAUGAUUGCCCAUCUUUUCUUUAAAAAAUGAACUACUCACAAUUGCAUUCAUCGAUACGAUGCACUUGUUCAACAUCUUCUUCAGUGGCAUUUCUCAGACUGCGGCUGCGUAAAUUCGCGAAAACGGUCGCGAUCACAGUAAAACGUCAAACGAUUUGCUGAGAUUUCGCGAGAGUUAAAUUCAAGUUUACAGGUAUAUGUUUAUGGUGUGUCAUUACAGUUCGAUUAAAACAUAACCUAUUUCUUGAAAAACGAAGAGAAAUUUUGGUUAUGUCCCGUAUAUGAUAAUCCGCCCUUGAUGAUCUCAUGGAUACGAGAGCAGGUAGCAGGAAUCUGGCGUAGCGGAAAGAAUUCAAGGACGGCCAGAAGGCAGUCCUUGGAAGCUUCCGCUGUCAAUACGAUGUCACUGCCACCAACUACUGCUGUUAACAAUUUUCCAGUCUAUGUUAUUAGCUUAGAGGGUACUGUGACCAGCAUUAGUGUCAAGCCUGAUAUUACCAUUGAGAAACUGAAAUCUUUAGCAACAAAACAUUUCUAUGGCCAUGAUACUUCAAGAUCCUUAAAUCAUUACCGUUUAAUACAUGUAACCAGAUCGGAAAGGCUUGACGAUGACCGAAAGAUUAGUGAAGAGGACAUUGUUUCAUACGAUGAACUGAUGUUAGUUGAAGUACGUCCAAUACCAACCAAAGAAAAUCUGUCGGAGGAUGCUCUUCGUGGUCCAAAUGAAGAUGCUAUAGUACGGGCCACAGAGAGACUUCCACUUUUGAACCCACCUCGUGCAAUGCCUCCCGUGGAUUGUGCAACAGAUUUUCAAAGUGAGAUACGAAAAAUUUUAAUAACCCUCACGCAAGCGUCAGCAAGAAUUCUGAUGCAUAGUCCGGAAGCAGUGAAAAUAUAUGAGAUUAUUCGAGAACGAUUAGAAGCCCGUAACAAGCCACCUUAUGAUCCAAAAGUAGUGAAACAUCUUAUGGACAUAGGUUUUUCAGAAAAAAAAGUACUGAAAGCACUAAGACUUCGAAAGAUGAAUACAUCAGAAGCAUUAGAGUGGUUGAUAGAGCAUGAAGAUGAUCCUGACGAAGAAACUCUGGAAUUACCACCUCUUGAUCCAGACUUCGAUGCUAACACCCCUGGUCCGAGUUUUUCUAGAAAAAAUUCCGUUCAAGAAAACCAUAACAACCUAGUCAGAGGCGGCCACGGUAAAAAGAAAGAGCCAAAUCUGGUGAAUGUUGUAGCACUCUUGCUGGAAAGCUUUCACCAGUAUAGAAAAUUAGAAUUUAAGCCAAGUCCACGAUUGACGGAGUCACUUAAAAAGAUGGGUUUCGAGGAAAAGGACAUCGUUGAGGCACUCAAGAUCACUGGUAACAAUCAUUACAAUGCUUGUGAUUGGUUGCUUGGUAAAAGAAGCCGAAGUUUGCAAGAUCUGGAUGAUGGACUAGAUCCGGAUGGACCAAUAUAUAAGGCAAUCAUGAGUAAUCCUCACAUUCAGCUCAGUCUUACGAACCCCAAAAUGCUGCUUGCAUACUUAUCAAUGCUGGAAACACCAUCGACUGCAAACAUCUGGAUAAAUGAUCCUGAAGCCUCACCGGUUCUAAGUCAGAUUUUUAAGACUUAUCACUCGGAGAAACAUGCUAUUCAUAUGAAUCGCUAUGAUAACAGCUAACAUAUGGAAAAACGGCUCAAUUCCACGGCAAUAUUUUUCUUACAAGUUAAACGGUGAACACUGUUAAUAGUGUUCGUAACGACUAAUGUCGGUUAAAUCUCAAGUCUAACUAAAAAUCAAUGCUAAUACUACUAAAAAAGGGAAGAAUUAUUCAAAAUUGUUUUAACAAUAACAGUUCAAAGUUAUUUAUUAUACAUUAGAGUCACCUCUGUUUCUAUGCGAAAAGUGUAAAAAUUGUCUGGUGCUUUAUGAGAUUCUGUUUAUACUUAGCAAUUUAAAGAAACGGAAAGUAUCAAACCUUUGUCAUAUCGCUAAGUGCCGAUAGAAUCUAAGUGGCGUCAUUGAAAAACAAUUCGUAAUUCAGAUAAGUAUAUCUGAUUGUAAAUAUUAGACGAGUUUGAUAGAAAUAUUUAUUCCGCGCUCUCAUUCACUUCAAUACUUACUGAAAUUCAAAGUCGAAUUAUUUACUGAGCAAGGAAUUCACUAGGAAUGAGUUUUAAUGAUCAUGUACUUAACAUUUCUAAAACAAUUAUAUAAUAUCUUUGGUUUUUAUAGUUUAUAUUUUUCUAGCAGGUACGCUAUUUUGAUAAAUAAUAUGGAACUCGUUUUGUGGAUUUUAUAUUUUUCGUGAGAAAUUGUAAUAAUUAAAUGAUUGCGUAUUUAUGGUACAAAGAAUGAUGUGGUCAAAGCUAAAUGUUCCGUUGUGAAAGAAUUGCAUAAUAUUUGUUGCAUGUCCAUACGUUAUUAAGAAUAAGUACUUUCUGAGUCUUGAAAUUAAUUAAUUUAGAUCAGUCCUACAAAUAUUCUAAAGUUAUAAUUUUCUACUUUAUCUUAUGGAAAAGGAAAUAACCCAGGCUCUUCCUUUAUCGGCGUACGAAGUAUAUAUACAGAUGAUAGAUGUAAAUUCUGUACAGAAAAAACUUAAAAGUAUUAUAUUUUUUUGAUCGAC